UUUUCAAAAGAUUUUCAAGUUUUUCAAAAAGAAUUUUACCAUUUUUCAAUAAGGGACCAGAGACAGUCUUAGGCAAACAAGACAAAAAAAAUCAUUAUUCAAGAUGUCAUGGACACAUCAUAUUAGCAGAUUUGCCGUAAACCCCAUAAAGGGUAAAAUUCUGGCUACUAAAUAUGAAGCAACCAUGAAGAGAAUGAGUCUUCCAUUCCAAGGACCUAGUGAAGGAUUAAAAGUUCCACCUCAUGAAAGGAGAACUCAAAUUGAAAAGGGGAUAGUAACAGGUGAUUUGGUAUAUAUUAAUGAAGGGGAACAUAAAGGAAAAGUCAGUAGUGUCAUUAGAUAUUUAGAAGAAAGUGAUUCAUAUAUGUUGAAUAAUGUAAGUGAAAAGACUCUUAUUCCAAAACAUAUGUGGGGACCAGGUGCAACUUCUCAUGUAUUUGAUUAUCCUAUUCCAAUUCCAGCAUCUCAUAUUAAACUUGCUGCAAAGGAUAAAGAUGAUUCUGGUAAAAUAAAUUAUGUAGUGGCUGAUAAAAUCGCAUUCAAGGAAAAAUAUUAUGAUGAUAGAUAUCAUCAAUGGUUACCUAGAAGAUUUGUUAAAUUUCAUGAAUCAAUUGAAAUCCCAUGGCCUGAACCAAAUUCUUUAAAGGAUGAUCAAUAUUGUACCAUCGAACCAAUAGCAUUAGAAAAAUCUUAUGAAUUACAAACGAUAGCCAAACCUCCAUUUCCAAAAGAAUUAUUAUCAGAAUUUAGAAAUCCAUAUUCUCAUCAUAAAAAGCGGGUAUUUACUGAAGUACAAGCUAGAAGAAUUAAUGCUCCUAAUAUGCCAUUAUCAAUGGAACAAAAGAUAUAUUUAGCCAAACAAGCUUCUAAACCAAAGAAGGUACUUGAACCAUUAACAGAAGAAAUGAAAGAACUUAUUGGAUCUAAGAUGGCCGAACAUAUUAAUAAGAUAGAUAAUCCUGCUUUACUUGGACAUUUAGAACAUGUUUCUAAAACUAAAGUCCCUGAUUUUGAAAAGACUUUGAAAUCAAUAGAGGAAAAUCAAACUUCUAAUUAGUAAAAAGUUCUUAUAGUCAUUUACAAACUUGUACAUAAAUGCUUAAUGAUUAGUUUAAUUAUAUACUUAUACUUAAUUUACAUGAGUAA